CAGAAUCAUUUUGUCCUAUACAAUUCCCAUUCCUUUCUCAUCUGCUUCCGACCCCAUCAGAAAUAAGAAUAAACGUCACCAUGUCUGACCCUUCCAAGACAAACCUCAUCACUCUCACUCGUCAUGUCUUUCAAGACCAAGUCGAAAACUAUAAGGAAGCUUCUGGCGACCUCACCUUACUCCUCACUGCCAUUCAGCUUGGCUGCAAAUUUGUUGCCUCGAAUGUCCGCAAGGCUAGUUUAAUCAGCAUGACCGGCCUUGCGAAUACCUCCAACAUUCAGGGCGAGGAGCAAAAGAAGCUUGAUGUUAUCGCCAACGAAAUUUUUGUCAAUGCGCUUCGAUCAUCCAACAAGGUCGCGAUUAUGGUUUCUGAAGAGGAUGAAGAAGCCAUUAUCGUUGAAGAUCAAUACCGCGGCAAGUACUGUGUGGUUUUUGAUCCUCUGGAUGGAAGCUCCAACAUCGAUUGUGGUGUCUCGAUUGGAACCAUUUUUGGAAUCUAUAAAGUCAAGGAAGACUCACUUGGCCAGAUCUCAGACGUUCUCCGUCCGGGUUCCGAGAUGGUCGCUGCUGGAUACUGUACCUACGGUUCAUGUGCGACAUUGGUGUUAACAACUGGCAAGGGUGUCAAUGGAUAUACCCUAGAUACUGAAAUCGGUGAAUUUAUUCUCACACACCCGAAUAUUCAAAUCCCUUCUCGUGGAAAGAUCUAUGCCGUCAACGAGGGUAAUUCCAAGUACUGGGACAACGCCUGUACCAAAUACUUUCAUUCUCUCAAAUUUCCUGAGGAUCCAAAAAAAGCACCUUAUUCCGCUCGCUAUGUGGGAUCUAUGGUGGCUGAUGUUCACCGUACUAUGCUUUAUGGAGGAAUCUUCUGUUAUCCUGCCGACAGCAAGUCCAAGAAUGGAAAACUCCGCAUCUUAUAUGAAUGCUUUCCUAUGGCUUUCUUAGUUGAACAGGCUGGUGGCCGCGCAUCAACUGGUCGCAAGAGAAUGCUUGAUGUUCAACCUGAGAGUAUUCAUUCGCGCUCGCCUAUUUUCUUGGGAAGCAAGGAAGAUGUUGAGGAUAUCGAAAGGUUCUAUCAGGCAGAGGCUUAAGAAACAUAAUAAAAAUAUAUAUCACGUGCCC